AUGGUACCAGUGGCAGAUUUAUCGCCGUUUCCAGCUUUGUGGAAAGCUGUGAAGAAGAAUGAUCAAGUUUCCGAUAAGAAAGUUACUAGAGUAUGUUCAGAUUCUGAUAAGAAAGUGCUUGGAGUGUGUUCAUUUGAAGUAGCAAGUUUGAUGUCUAGGAUGAUUCAACUCUGGAAUUUUCUGAAUAAAAAUGUCGAAAAAUCUCAGGAUUUCAUAGACUCAGUGGGCAUAGAAAAUCUGUUGAAGGACAACAAUGGCAUAUCAGACUUGGUAUAUGGUGAGGUCAUUUAUAUUUUCUGCGAAGUGGCUCGGAUUAUAGUCAGGCUUGCAAAGAGAUGCAGUGAUGCGCGGUUGAAAAAUUUGGAGCAUGAAAUUGAAGGCCAGCUGCUGAAAAUGAAGAAUAGCUGGAUAAUACUAUUGCCGUGUAAGAAGAUGGAUGAAACUAUCAAGGAAAUGGGAAAUCUUGUCACUGAUAAUCAAAAUUUGUACGCGCUAAUGCAAGAACUCGUGAAGCUUGAAGAAAAAUUAGAGGGGAAAAAUAGCGUCCAGCGCCUUUUUCAGUUAGAAACAAAGAUUGAGGAGACGCAGGUUAAGGUAAGUCAUUUAAAGAGAUCUUUGUGGAAUGCGUAUUAUGAUGACAUUGUUCUUCUUUUGAGCAAGUGUUUGUUCACUAUAUUCGUUCGAAUUGAGUCACUUUUCAAUGUUGUUCAUGUGCCCGGUGAUGAUGAAAACAUGAAUUUAGUCAGAGGCCAGACUACUGAGAAAUUGCCAAUAAACAGACUCGCCAAAUUAUGGUCAUCUGCUAGAGGGAAUAGAAAGACUAGCCCUCUUGAAAAUCUUGCCCGAUGCAUGGUUGAUCAUUCUGUCACUCGGGAAAGCAAUGGGCCAGGGAACAAAACUUUAUCAAUAUUCAAAACCAGAAUGCAAAGUCCUUCCUCUGGUACUCUUGGCGAUGCUGAACUAGAAAAAAGAUAUGCAAAUGCUAUACUAGAAAUUGACACACUCGUGAUGUUGCCUAUUUUGAUAAGUGAUGCUAAACUACGUGAAUUGAAGAAAAUGCUGCCAAGAAAAAUAAGUUUCGUAGUCAAGGAAAGACUGAAACUGGUCCAAAAUGAAACCAGUCUUUCAGUUUCAAUAGACAUGAUUUCAGAGAUACUAAAUUGGCUGACUCCGCUUGCUCAUAACACGAUAACUAGAUGGAUGUCUGAGCAAAAAUAUGCUCAUCAGAACAUAAAUACUUGUGGAGAGAAAUUGUUGCUGCAAGUAGAAACACUUUGUUUUGCAGAUAAGGAAAAAGCUGAUGCAGUGGUUAGUGAGCUUCUUAUUGGUUUAACACAUAUAAAUUUAGCUCAGAAACAGCUCAGUGAUUAUAGUUCAGAAAUAGUGCAUGUAAUAAAUGAUCCGAUGAACAGUAGUUCAUGUUUAAGAAGCUGA